AUGCCUGGGGAUAUGACGCGCCCUGAGAUCCUGGCUUUAGAUCACUCGAAACAUAUUAUUUCGCACGCCACGUUUCAUGGCUACCGGUUUUCCAUCUUCAUAUUCGAUUCCCGAGGCGCCGCCUUCGCCGGACAUCUGCUCGAGGCGUUCACGGAGCUCGGCGUCGGCUUGGGAUACGGUUUUCGCUUUGGAUUGUUGCUGGCCCUCGUUCUUUGA